AUGAAUAGGUCAUCAAGCAAUAUUAGUCAUGCUCUUUUAGCUGCACCAUAUCAAUUGAACAUAUGGUUUGAUUCAUUUCUUUGGAUGAUUGGUAAUCUUGGUUGGUUUGGAAAUAUGAUUGUAUUUAGUUCUCUAGUACUUCACAAGCGAGCUUAUGCAGUUUAUUUAUCAUCGGAAGCAGCAUCUAAUAUUAUUUACUUUGAUUUUCUAUUAAUUACACGAGUGCUUCAAAAAGGAUUUCAAAUUUCAAUAACUAUACGUUAUGAUAUUCUAUAAUAUCGUCGUAUUACAAAUGGACAAUGUAUUCCUCUACCCGGUUUUUAUGCAUAUAUUGCUAGUUAUAUUGAAACAAUUUUUACAGCCAUGGGACCACCAUUAGUAAUGAUUGGACUUGCUGUUUUAUUAUUACGAAGUGUUCGAAAUAUUACUCAACGGCGAGUCGUUCCUAAAGAUGAUGCACCACCAAUAGCAAUUGUAAAAUGA